AUGGCUAAGGGAAAUCAUAAAAUUAAUAAAACAGGGAUGACUCUAUCUGUCAAGUUUGAGGCUGUUGACGAUCCAGAAGUGAUUAGGUUUACUCAUUUGCAGAACGGUUCCACAUGGAGUGGUGAAUAUCUAAGUCGUGAAGAGUACGCUGACAGAGAGCAUAUUUUGGGUCAAAGUGAACUAGGGCAGUUACAUAAGAGUGGUGAUCAUAUUGAUAGGUUCGAGGACAAUGCUAAACAUUUAGGUAUCAAGCAUUUUGUGUUGAAGGAUUUAACUCUUCCUGAGACAUCAAAGACGUCUCAGAUAGUGGCAAGUUGUGAAACAAUGAACAGGGUCGGCUGGGUUAUGGUCCCUGGUAGUGAGGAGAUAACUCCGGUGCUCACCGCUUGUGUCGGGGGUGUUUUCACCCUGAAACACCAUCGUGGCCGUGGAUAUGCCAAGAAAAUGAUUGAUCAGUUAAACCAUAUGUACGAUUCUUUAUCAGAAUCAAGCGAUGAUCCGUUCUUGAAGUAUAUGACUAUUGAUCUUUACAGUGAAGUAGAUGAGUACUAUUCCAGAAACGGUUUCGUGUCUUACCAUGUUCCAGUAUACGAGAUCCAUCAAUUGGCUGCUUUGGAAACCAGAUACUGUGAUGCCUUGGGCCAAGCUAAUAAGUCACCUGUUAGAACGCUAGGGUAUAACGAUUAUGAAGACCUUGUUGAAUUGCAAAGGCAGCAAUUUAGGAAACAGAUGGUUGAGUAUAAUGACGGGUCCAAGUUCCUUUUCACAGUGAAACCCACGUUGGAAACAUACAUGUGGUUCGAGGACCGUGAUAUCUUCGUUUCGAAGAAAUUCCACGAGGAAAAACCUAUCAGAUUCGGUGCUGCAUUAUCUGAUGGUUCUCAUAUCGUAUGGCAUCACUCAUGGACGUCUCAUUCGCUAUACAUAAUUAAAGUAUACAUUGCUACUGGCGAAACGCAAAAUGCUGACAACGCCUUGGCAUCUUUACUGAAGGAGGCUGUCAAAGAGUGUCAUUUGACCAAAUUGACAUAUUUGGAAUUCUGGCAAGAUGAAAUACCACCUGAGACGUUCCCUGUGUUUUAUUCAACACUUCGCCAAGUGGAAUCGGGCCACAAUCUUUCAAAAGUUAACCAUUCUUUAAGCGCAAUUAGACUUUCACCAUCAUGCCAAAAGUACAAAGAUGAAUGUUUGUGGCUCAACAACACGAAAUACUGUUGGUUCUAA